UACCAGUGAAGAAGAAAGAGAGGCAGCGUUAAACCAUCAGAUCCUCCAACAUGAACGUGGGUCAGUCUCUGAUCUGCUUCUUCUUCCUCACACUGCAGGAUGGAAACAUCGGUCUCAUCAAUGCAGAAAUCAUCCAGAGAACAGGAACUGAAGGAGGAGACAUCACAAUUAAAUGCACCUUCAGUAUAUUUGGAAACACAAAAAUCUUCUGUAAGGAUGAAUGUGAAGACGGAGACAUUCUCAUUGAGACAGAAAAGGACACAGAUCACAGAGGCCGAUACAGUAUUGAAUAUAUAAAGAUUUCAACAUUUUCUUAUGUUCUGUAUGUGAGCAUCAGAAACCUGACUCAGUCUGACUCAGGACGGUACAGAUGGGGUUUGGUUAGAUCAUUCUCAUCAUCAUACUGUGAGAUUGAGCUCCGAGUUCCAGAGGCUCCAACCUCUCCUCCCAGACCUUCUCCACCAUCAGUCCCAUCAUCCUCCACACUGAUGACAUCACAGAGUUUCAGCUCCACACCUUCAUCAUCCUCCUCACCUUCAUCAUCCUCCCCUGAAGCCAGCGAGCCUCGAAAGAAACACCCAGCUUCAGGUAUGAAACAGCUCGUAGGGCGCUCCAUCUCAGGCAGGGUGGAUGUUCACAUGGACGACUGUGUCCUGGGCCACUGUCCACUGAGGGUCUUUUGCAACAACGGGGACGGGGUCUCUCAGACUCCAUUACAAUGA